UGCUCCGGCGUGCGGGGGCAGUCCGGCGGCGGCGCUGCCCUGGGUGGGCGACUGGGCCCGCGCGGCGGCUGAACACUCGGCGCGGCGCAGCCAGGUCUCCAGCCUGUGCGGCGCCGUGACAGGUGCAGAGUCCCGAUUAAGGCUCCACCUGCGGCGGUCGCCGCGAUGCCCACCAUGCGGAGGACAGUGUCGGAAAUCCGCUCCCGCGCGGAGGGUUAUGAGAAGACCGAUGAUGUCUCAGAGAAGACUUCACUGGCUGACCAGGAGGAAGUACGGACUAUAUUCAUCAACCAGCCCCAGCUGACAAAAUUCUGCAAUAAUCAUGUCAGCACUGCAAAAUACAACAUAAUCACAUUCCUUCCAAGAUUUCUCUACUCUCAGUUCAGAAGAGCUGCUAACUCAUUUUUUCUCUUUAUUGCACUGCUUCAGCAAAUACCUGAUGUAUCACCAACAGGUCGCUAUACAACACUGGUUCCUCUCUUAUUUAUUUUAGCUGUGGCAGCUAUCAAAGAGAUCAUAGAAGAUAUUAAACGACAUAAAGCUGAUAAUGCAGUGAACAAGAAACAGACACAAGUUUUGAGAAAUGGUGCUUGGGAAAUUGUGCACUGGGAAAAGGUGGCAGUAGGGGAAAUAGUGAAAGUGACCAAUGGGGAACAUCUCCCAGCAGAUCUCAUCAGCCUUUCCUCAAGCGAGCCCCAGGCCAUGUGCUACAUUGAAACAUCCAACUUAGAUGGUGAAACAAACCUGAAAAUUAGACAGGGCUUACCAGCAACAUCAGAUAUAAAAGACAUUGACAGUUUGAUGAGAAUUUCUGGCAGAAUCGAGUGUGAAAGUCCAAACAGACAUCUGUACGAUUUUGUUGGAAACAUAAGGCUUGAUGGACAUAGCACUGUCCCCCUGGGAGCAGAUCAGAUUCUUCUUCGAGGCGCCCAGUUGAGAAAUACACAGUGGGUUCAUGGAAUAGUUGUCUACACUGGACAUGACACCAAGCUGAUGCAGAAUUCAACAAGUCCACCACUUAAACUCUCAAAUGUGGAACGGAUUACAAAUGUACAAAUUUUGAUUUUAUUUUGUAUCUUAAUUGCCAUGUCUCUUAUCUGUUCUGUGGGCUCAGCCAUUUGGAAUCGGAGGCAUUCUGGGAAGGACUGGUAUCUCAACCUAAACUAUGGUGGUGCUAAUAAUUUUGGACUGAAUUUCUUGACCUUCAUCAUCCUUUUCAACAAUCUCAUUCCUAUCAGCUUGUUGGUUACAUUAGAAGUGGUGAAAUUUACCCAGGCAUACUUCAUAAAUUGGGAUCUCGACAUGCACUAUGAACCCACAGACACUGCUGCUAUGGCUCGAACAUCUAAUCUGAACGAGGAACUUGGCCAGGUAAAAUACAUAUUUUCUGACAAAACUGGCACUCUGACCUGCAAUGUAAUGCAGUUUAAGAAGUGCACCAUAGCUGGAGUUGCUUAUGGCCAUGUCCCUGAACCUGAGGAUUAUGGCUGUUCUCCUGAUGAAUGGCAGAGCUCACAGUUCGGAGACGAAAAAACAUUUAGUGAUUCGUCAUUGCUGGAAAACCUCCAAAAUAAUCAUCCAACUGCACCUAUAAUAUGUGAAUUUCUUACAAUGAUGGCCAUUUGUCACACAGCAGUACCAGAGCGAGAAGGCGAUAAGAUUAUUUAUCAAGCAGCAUCUCCAGAUGAGGGAGCGUUGGUCAGAGCAGCUAAGCAACUGAAUUUUGUUUUUACUGGAAGAACACCGGACUCAGUGAUUAUAGAUUCACUGGGGCAAGAAGAAAGAUAUGAAUUACUCAAUGUUCUGGAAUUCACCAGCGCGAGAAAAAGAAUGUCAGUGAUUGUUCGGACUCCGUCCGGGAAGUUACGACUUUACUGCAAAGGAGCUGACACUGUAAUAUAUGAUAGACUGGCAGAGACGUCAAAAUACAAAGAAAUUACCCUAAAACAUUUAGAGCAGUUUGCUACAGAAGGGUUAAGAACUUUAUGUUUCGCUGUGGCUGAGAUUUCGGAGAGCGACUUUGAGGAAUGGCGAGCGGUCUAUCAGCGCGCAUCCACGUCUGUGCAGAACCGGCUGCUGAAGCUCGAAGAGAGUUAUGAGUUGAUUGAAAAGAAUCUUCAGCUACUUGGAGCUACAGCCAUUGAGGAUAAAUUACAAGAUCAAGUGCCUGAAACUAUAGAAACUCUCAUGAAAGCAGACAUCAAAAUCUGGAUCCUUACAGGGGACAAGCAAGAAACCGCCAUUAACAUUGUGUUUAUGAGGAAACUGGAAAGAAAUGACAGACGGGUUAAACCUGGAAAGGUGGUCUCAGAUCAGCUGGGGAAUGCUGGGCCAGGUUUGAGAAUUCGCUUCCCCAGGCAAGGGAAACAACUUCAUCAGCCUCCUCAAAGAGUCUGGGAGUUUAAAAACACCAAAGCUUUUUCGUCAAAAACUAUGUCCAAGAAAGCUGGUGAUCCUACUGGAAUGAAUACUAAAUGGACCAAUUAUGGAUUCUUCCACGUUCACUAUGAGGGUGUUCCUUGGAUAUGUUCUCAAGCAACGAGGGAAACUCUUAGUCGCCACUGCACUACCCUUGGUGAUGCUCUUCGAAAAGAGAAUGAUUUUGCUCUUAUAAUUGAUGGGAAAACCCUCAAGUACGCCUUAACUUUUGGAGUAAGACAGUAUUUCCUGGACUUAGCUUUGUCGUGCAAAGCUGUAAUUUGCUGCAGGGUUUCUCCUCUUCAAAAAUCUGAAGUUGUUGAGAUGGUUAAGAAACAAGUCAAAGUCAUAACGCUGGCAAUCGGUGAUGGAGCCAACGACGUCAGCAUGAUACAGACAGCACAUGUUGGUGUUGGUAUAAGUGGCAAUGAAGGCCUUCAGGCAGCCAAUUCUUCCGAUUACUCCAUAGCCCAGUUCAAGUACUUGAAGAAUUUAUUGAUGGUGCAUGGUGCCUGGAACUAUAACAGAGUCUCCAAGUGCAUUUUGUACUGCUUCUACAAGAAUAUAGUCCUCUAUAUUAUUGAGAUCUGGUUUGCCUUUGUUAAUGGCUUUUCUGGACAGAUCCUCUUUGAGAGAUGGUGUAUAGGUCUUUAUAAUGUGAUGUUUACAGCAAUGCCUCCUUUAACUCUCGGAAUAUUUGAGAGAUCAUGCAGAAAAGAGAAUAUGUUGAAGUAUCCUGAAUUAUACAAAACAUCUCAGAAUGCCCUGGACUUCAACACCAAGGUUUUCUGGGUUCAUUGUUUAAAUGGCCUCUUCCACUCAGUUAUUCUGUUUUGGUUUCCACUAAAAGCCCUUCAGUAUGGUAAUGUAUUUGGAAAUGGGAAAACCUCCGAUUAUCUGCUGUUGGGAAACUUUGUUUACACGUUUGUGGUGAUAACCGUGUGUUUGAAAGCUGGAUUGGAGACCUCAUAUUGGACAUGGUUCAGCCACAUAGCGAUUUGGGGCAGCAUCGUGCUCUGGGUGGUGUUUUUUGGCAUCUACUCAUCUCUGUGGCCCGCCGUUCCGAUGGCCCCUGAUAUGUCAGGAGAGGCUGCCAUGUUGUUUAGUUCUGGCGUCUUCUGGAUGGGCCUGUUAUUUAUCCCUGUGGCAUCUUUGCUUCUUGAUGUGGUGUACAAGGUUAUCAAGAGGACCGCUUUUAAAACAUUAGUAGAUGAAGUUCAGGAGCUGGAGGCAAAAUCUCAAGACCCAGGUGCAGUUGUGCUUGGAAAAAGCCUCACAGAGAGGGCGCAACUGCUCAAGAACGUCUUUAAGAAGAACCACGUGAACUUGUACCGGUCUGAAUCAUUGCAACAAAACCUGCUCCACGGGUAUGCUUUCUCACAAGACGAGAAUGGAAUCGUGUCACAGUCUGAGGUGAUUCGAGCAUACGAUACCACAAAGCAGAGACCCGACGAGUGGUGACGGGACGGGGGCUGCGAGGCGCAAGGGCUGCUAGGGCUCUAAGGAGAGCUCCCAGGUCUUACCGGAUCUGCUGACCAAUUCCAGUCUGGUCCCAGGAGGGGAGAGUGGAUCUGAGCUCAUCUCAUUGAUUGACCGUCAGAUUCGUGUAUAUUACAGACAUAAGCACUGUGCAACUCUACCGUAACACCAUCUCUUUCAGAUUUUUUAAAGUAUUUGCUAAGUCUUUGUAAGCAGAAAUUGAAAAUGACCUUGUCACCUUGCCAGAAUGCUUUCUUAAACUGAGAAUAGGUCAGUGGUCUUAAGCCAUUACUCUGGGGCUGUAACUGACUAUCAAUUUAUUGGAUAUAUACCACAAGGCAACCAACCAUGAAAAAACUCCAAAGUGGUAGUAAUUUAUAGGGACUCUUGAUAUCCAGACUUGGAUUUCAGAAUAUGCUGAAAAAAACCAGCACUCUUCUCUAGGAACUGACUCACCUUCCUGAGCAAAAUUUCUAAACAAGACAUUAACAAGUGUUUGUGUCAAAAAUUGUCUUGAUAAAUGUUUGCCAAAGACAUUCAGUAAGUGUAUUUCUCAUUCAGUAGUCAUUUGCCCAGAAAGUUAAGAGGAAGUUUACCUCCAGCUCUGCUGUAAGAUCUGCAUGCUUGACUUUUCAAAUGUAAGAGUGAUUUGCAAAAACGAGUAUUUCAAGGCAUUUGCUACUAAAAUCCGUGAUGUUGCACCUUUGGCCUUACACGUGCUUCUUUCUUGUUUGUCUUGUUUACUUGUUAACGUUGGAGGACAUACGUGGCAAUGUGACUCUGUCAUUAUGAUACUGAUUUCUAAACUGUAUGUAUGUCUCCGUCAUCUCUGAUGAUCAGUCCUCAUCGUUUAGAUUUUUCUAAAAAUCUGGCUUCUGCUGAAGACUGAGUGCUGUCCUUUUAUCUUAACGUUUUCUCUCUCAAGAAAAAUAUGCUUAGAUAUUUAUGUGAGCUCCCCAGUGCUUGCGUGGAGAUGUUUGGAACACCGCGCUGGAUAACUGCAUGGGCUUUUGUAAUGUACAUAGGCUCGGCUUUUGUCCUGUGUCUGGGUCUGUCUACUAGUCCGUGCUAGAGAUGCCUGCUGGCACACAUAGCACCCCGUGUUCUGGUGACCACCCCUGUACUUAGCCCUGAGAAUUACUUCACAGCUCGCUAGUCAAGCAGCUUCCCCAAAUUAGUCACAUGCUGCUAAUCGGGACAAAGAAGUAGCACAUAUUCCCCAUUUUAAAAACACCUAUUUUACUCAAGCCUAUAACUUUACGGUCAGAGACACUCUUCAUCACAAGUAGAUUUUGUUACUGUGUUUUUAAAUGUAUGUUCAGUUUAAUUUUUUUCAGCAUUUCCAAGCCAUCUCCUGAAAAAUGCCUAUUUUGCUACCAACAAUAAAUGGUGAAGGGGCUGUUUAAAAACCGCAACCAGUUUUCUAUACUCUUUUUAAAAUAAUGCUUUCGUUUAAAAAAAUAAAUAAAAAGGAAUUCGAGUUUUCAGAUACACUUCAGAGAUUGAAACUAACUUUUUGCCUUUUAUUCAGAAGCCUGUUUGCCUUUAAGUGGACUUACCAGCAAAAUAGGUAGAACUUCCUCUUUAAAAAAAAAAAAAAAAAGUCAACUAUAAUUGUGAGGAGAGGAGAUUUUCCAAGUCACUCCUUGAGUUGAAUAAUUUCAUAUUCUUUUUACCCUUUUCCUUCAUCUAGGUUUAAAAUUAGGUGAUAUGUCAUUUCCUUGUCUAUAUUUUUAGUUGUUUAUUUACAAGUAUGCCUCCCGCAUUUUCUAGAAACAAGAGAGGUUAUCACACAUACAUAAUUCUAAAGGGGGUAAGGAGUUGACACAGUUCACUUCCUAGACCAUUCCUGUUUGGGGUUCAGAUGAAGAAAAUUGCCAACUGAAACACCUAGAAAGACCACAGGUGUAAGAGUCUGAGACCGUCUUCAAAACUCUGAAGGUCACAGAUUUUGUCUACCGAAGGGAUAUUCGGAACAGCUUUCCUGGGCCUCCCCGUGGCGAGAAUCGAGGUCAAACCACACAAAUCAAAACACAAGAAUGAGGUACAUCCCUCCGGAGAAACACUUUAUCGUGGUCACAGACAAGAGCUGCUUCCCUUGGCCUCCACCUCAUCAGUGGCAUCCUUCCCCCAAAUUUUAACAUCAAAAUAUGAUGAAUAUAAUAGAACCGAAUCUUCUGGCUUAAAAAAAAACUAAAAGUUUUAUUUUUAUCUUAGAACAUGGAUUAUUUCUAUGGAGCUCUUCAACAUGGGUAGAAUACCCAUGGUUAAUUAAUGCAUGAGACCAUGGUCUGAAAUACGGCUAAUUUAGGUCUUUUUUGUCCCAUAGUCCUAUUUUUGAAUUAUUAAGUCAAUUCCUUUGCUUCUUGGGUGAGAGAGGGGGGUUGGGCAGCAGGGAGUGACCUCCUUGGUAAAACUUAAAACACAGCAUUGCAAUCACAGUGACUUUAUAGUGUUAGAGAAAACCCUCCGAUUUUUUAACCUUCCAAAGG